CAAGAAGUACCAGUCUUAUUGAAAAAAAUUGAAAAAUGUCCAAUCCAAUAAUCAAAGAUGGGGAGAAAGAAAAGAAGAAAAAGAGAAUUCUCAAAGCGGACUCCUCUCCAUCAGUAAUAGAGACCAAAAAGUCAAAAACUGCAGACAGUGUGCCAACACGGGAAUUCCACAUUGCACAGUUCCAUGCUGAAGAAGAGGAGGCUGCAUCUCGAAACCCAGACAAGGACCUGGAUAUUUUUAAAACUGCCUGUGGCAACAUCCGACAGGCAAUUGUGGACAUCAAACAGCUCAAGUCGAAACAAGACACUGAUUCUGAAAUAGAAAAUAAACGAAUUGAUGCAAGCCUGCAGUUUGUUGUAUUGAAAAAGUUGAACAGGUUGUCACAUUUUCGGUGCCGAAAAAUGCGAGAGGCAACUAGUGAGGCCAAGCAGAGAAUAGAUCAGUACCACCUACAGUUACAGAAUCUCCUGUACGAAGCAAUGCAUUUACAGAAAGAGAUAACAAAAUGUCUGGAAUUCAAAUCGAAAGAUGAAGAGAUUGAACUCAUUGAUGUGGAAGAAUUUUAUAAAGAAGCUCCUGUGGAUAUUUCCAGGCCUAAACUAACUAAAAACGAUCCUCAUCAAUUGACAUUGGCCAGACUGGAUUGGGAGCUUGAACAAAGAAAACAGUUGGCGACCAAGCUGAAGGAAUCUCAGAGUAGCAAAGAGACAAUCUCACAGGAAAUCACAACCAAGGAAGAAUAUCUAGAAAGUCUGCAGCCCAAGCUCUCAUCAAUACUUCAAGCAACAAAGCCUGUACAGAAUUACCUAGGAAUGCCAUACGAUGAGAUUCGAGAACAACAUCAAACAGCGUACCACCUCCCCCACCCUCUGUAUGUCCUGUAUAUGCAGUCUAGUGCAUUCCAGGAGGCAUGUGAUAAACACUUGAAGGUCACUAUUGAAGGAGAUGUGGAUGCAGCCAAAUCUUCUAACAGUUCAGCAGCUCCAGAAAUAGAUGAAGAAAGUGACAGUGAUCAGGAAGAGCAAGAAGCUAAAAAGUCUAAAAGACGAAGGAAAACUGUUGAGGCGCGACAAUCUGACAAGAAAGAGAAGGUUCUGAGAAAGCAUCCACUGUCCGUGGUGUUGGAUAUCACCUGUAAAGAUGGAAGUUGUUUGAGGCUAACGUUUAACUACUUAGUACUUCUACAGAUCAUCACUGUCAGUGUCAAGGUUAUUCCAAGUGGAGAUGCCAUCACGUCUUCUAUCUCAGGCGGUGAUUUGCUCUCUGCAGAAUCAAUUCUUAAUGAACUGUAUCCUGGUGACCACGGCAACACCUCUCCAAAUCAAGCCAACCAUUUUGAAUUGAAAAGACUAGGGAUGGACGAGUUCACACACUACAUCAGUCGGGUGGGGCGACCGUACAUGUGGGCCCAGUGGCUUGGCGGCCUCCAGUUCCUCAGUGACGGGCCGUCGGACAAGGCCAGGAGUUCCGUGUCGGCCAGCCACAUGCAGGAGACCAUCAAACAGUUGAGACGACGGAUCAGAGCCAGGUUGUCUCUCCUCAAACAACUCGCUUCACUCGAAAGGUGUUCCAUACCAGUGAGUAGUGACUGCAUCAAACUGUUUCCAGCUAAAAUCAUAGCUCAGGUAACAUCGUGGAAGCGUACCACAUAUGAAGAUUUUGCUUGUUUGGCCCAUGCCCAGGGUGUCAUAAAGGACUCACUAGUGAAGGAAACCGACAUGUUCUUCACUGUUACCAUGGACCGAGGAUCCGCACGCCUGACGGCCCAGGUUGUUGUUACCCCUGACUACCCUGCACAACCUCCUCUCUUUGUGGUAACCAUCUGGUGGAAGUCAGAGAGGACCACUCAGAAUGAUAUCCACGUUCAGGAACUGGAAGAAGAGGUAAAUGUAUACUAUGAUGAGCUGGUUCAACCAAGGUCACAUGGUCAGCUCCUGUCCAAUCAGAUCCAGCGACUGUUGAUGUGUUUCGAUGUGUACCUAGAGACCGAGUCACAUGAUAUGACAGCACCUCUGGAGAUCCCGAAGGAAAAGGUUUUCCCAAGAACUGCCAGAGGACCUAACAGGAAGAAGCCUUACAGAUAUGUUCCUGAUCUUGGAAUCUUUACUCAAAGAUAAUGGAAUGCAGACGAUCUGACUGGCAGAAUGUACAGCCACUUCAUUAGGACAUAAAGUCAUCCUGUCUGGAUGGGACAUACAGUCUGUCUGUAGUAACCAUCCUAUGACUUUAUAACACAAUGUUCAUUCCUGGUCCAAGGAAAAUCACGAGAUAAUACGGAACAGAUUGUUUUAGUAUUCCAGACCAAUUUUGGCACCUGCAUUUAAAUGUCUUUGAUAUGUACCCCCAUGUUGGAUCGGGUAUAUAAUUUGUUGUCAGGUACAAGUCGUGGAAUGUGUUUGAUUACAUAUCUUGAGAUGGGAGAAUAUAUGUUUUGCAAUGUAUUUUAACUAGUUAGUGCUGGUAUGUUUAAAAAUAAAAAUUCAUAGAGAAAUACAGUGUGCAGAUUCCUGUAAUGUAAAUAACACUUGCAUUUUUAUUGAUUUAUACAACUAAUUCUUUAAAAUAAAUAGCAAAGAACACUGAUUUUUUUUAAGAUUAUGGUGCCAAUAACUAGUGACUGUUUCUCUGAAAUACAAAUGUUUUGUUGUGACACAGAAAGGAAUUUGCUAAAGAAUAAUUUACAUUAUGGUUUUAGGAAACAAGAAACAUGUUUCUCAUUAUUGUAGUAUUCUUCUCUUCUUUGGUCAUCCAUCAUUUUGUUUCACAUUGUCAUCUUCGUCUCAUGAACUAAACAAUAAAAAUUAAAAAGGUAAA